AUGAAUGCUGAAGUUAAAAAAAAGUAUAUAAAUAUAACACAAGAAGUAGUGUCUAUUUACUUAAAGUUUUGCGAAUCGUGUCAAUCUAAACAAAAAUCUAAAAACAAGGGUCUAGUGAUUAAAUCAAUGGUGUUUUCGGAAAUGAAUAGUAGGUGCCAAGUGGACCUGAUUGAUAUGCAGUCGCAGGGGGAUGGAGAGUUCCGGUUUAUUAUGGUAUAUCAGGAUCACCUUACUAAAUUCGUUCAACUAAGACCCUUAAAAACAAAGAGAGCAGAAGAAGUUGCAAAACACCUUAUCGACAUAUUUUGUAUUUUCGGAGCUCCGAUGAUAUUACAAUCUGACAAUGGCCGCGAGUUUGUAAAUAAAAUAAUAGAAGACUUAAAAGAAAUGUGGGACACACUGAAAAUCGUUCACGGAAAGCCACGCCACAGUCAGUUACAAGGAAGUGUCGAGAGAGCAAACCAAGACAUACAAAACAUGUUGAUAACAUGGAUGAAAACAAAUAACUGUAAAUCAUGGUCAGAGGGACUUCGAUUUGUACAGCUAAUGAAAAAUAGGGCCUACCACGAUGACAUUAAAAGAUCUCCAUACAUGGCCAUGUUUGGUACUGAUGUGAAAAUUGGUUUGUCAUCAUCUUUUCUACCAGCUGAAACAGUGGAAAAAUUAACCACUGAACAAGAAUUGGAAGAAAUAUUGCAAAGUGUUGUGUCAAACUAUGAACAAAGAGAAAAUCAUAGUGUUUCCGAUAAAGAGGACAGUACUGUAUCUAAUUGCUGUGAAUCGUGUGGCUGUAUUCUUGGUAAUGAACAAACAUCUAUUUGUGGUUUAUGUGAUAAAAAAAACACCAUAGAAAAUGAGAGAAGCAAUUCAAAAUUAUCGCUUGAGGAACAAGCAAAAAAAAUGAAGUUCAGAUCCAUCAACAAAUUCCCACCAUGCAAUGUUGGCGACACAGUUAGAGUCAAACUACUAGAAGUAGACAGAAGUAAGGGUGAUCCACAGAAUAUACUCUUUGCGGUUGUGUCUAUAAGUGAUAAUCAAUAA